UCCUGCCCAUGCCAUCCCUGCCUUCCGCUGCCUCGGCGACGUAGCCGCUCUCGCGGUCCAUCCAGGGAUGCUGGGUCCUCGUGGCAGGUCCACGACGGUGUCCUCGAUGCUGGUUGUUGGUCCUCGAGCCAGUGCCCUACGGGGAAGGGCGACAGGGAGGGAGGGAGGGAUGGAGGGGAGGGAUCUUAACUCUAAAUACAAUGAAUCUAAAACAACUAAAUAAACGCAAUUACUUAUACUUAACGCUGGCACGCAAUACUCGAGGCCUAUGGGACCCCGAGCCAGGAGGCGGAGGGGAGUCUGCAGUAACAUUUUUGUUACAAUAUCUACAAUUAAAAAUGUAGCAAGGUCUGAUGAUACAAUAGUUCAAAAUUCAGAAACAAACGCAGAUCUACAUGAAUUGUGCGAUCUGUCUGAAGAACAUGUAUUUCAAGCUGGGAAUCUAGAGAAUUCUUUGUCAUGUGAACAGAUUGAAAUUGAGGAAAGCCAAGAUCUUUGUGCAUCAAAGCCGUGUGAUUCGAGCAGCUUGGGUAUCUCAAUUAUUUCAAAUCAAUUUCUUUCAUCAAUGACUAUAAUUACUGCAUCAAAAAUAAAAAGAAAAUGUAUUAAAUUGAAACAUUCUGAUAGUGCCGCUCGGGUUGUAAUACCUUUAUUGCAUAUUAACAAUUAACAUCGUAAUAUAUGUUGUAACGUGGCGUCCGUGGGACGGCCAGUUACAUA